AUGCCCAUCUCCAUUCUUGAUCUCGAGAGCGCAAUCCGCUCAGCCAUCCCGAUUAUCCACCUGGAGAUCAUCGACCAGUCCAACGGGUGCGGCGAGAACUACGCCGUGUUCGUAGUCAGCUCGGCAUUCGAGGGGAAGAACACUCUUGCAAGACACCGAUUCAGUGAGUGCGAUAUGUACAGAUCUGGAUGGCUAUGUGACGAGGACACAGUCAACGAGCUGCUGAAGAAUCAGAUCGCUCAGAUGCAUGCGUUCUCGCAGAGGACGCUGACCCCGAAACAGUACGAGGUCCAGCAGAUAGCUAUAGAUCUGUGA